CAGGGGAAAGCACGCCGAGCUCCCUCGGCUACCGAAUCCGGAAAAAAGAAGAGCGUUGUGCUGGAGAAAGUCCCACUUCUUGCCCUGCCGGCCGCUGCUUGGCACGGGUAUUGUUUUAUCUGCGCGCUCGGAACGUGCAAGUACUAGUAGUAGUAGCACGUAACGACUACGUUGAUCCUGAUUAGUGUCUUCUCUCAAGUAAAUCGAUCGCCCAGGCCCCUCACUCAGGCCCCUGUUACCAGUGGUUACCCUGGGCCUGGAGACACGCUUUGCAGCCUGGCUGUCUUAGAGUUGGUCGCAGGAGGAGGGCGCGGAGGCGGUCAUCAUGGAGCAGGACGAGGAGGGGGUCGCCAUGGAGGAGGAGCAGGACGCGGAGGAGGAGCAGGAGCUGCAGCUAGGAGGAAUCGCGAUCAACGCGACGCCAAUGAGCCCUGGGGACAACGUGCAUAUGAACAUCCGUCACAAUGCUCAGGGCGGAGCUGGACCAUGCAUCAUCGAAGUCGGAGCUAUUGACAGCCAGCUGCUGGAGGACAAACAUGUCAGGAAUGGCAACAUCAAUAGCCACGUGAAAGGUGUGUGGAGCGUGACCGCCACCACGACUUUUGUCAACGGUACCCCGAGCCCCCAGAUUGAAAAUGGGCUUGUCAAGAAGCUACAAGUUCGUGAUACGCUGUCGAUAGAAUUGACCGGAGACCGAAGGCUGAGGCUGCAGCGGCAUUCUGCCAACGAUUCCGAUACGUUUGUUUUCCCGGAGCCGAUCACGGCAGAUGUCCAUUUCUUCGUCGGAGUGCACAGUGGCGUGACGGUUUCGCUGGUCGACCAGCCGCAUGCUGACGAGUCAGAGUUGGAACCUGGCCCGCGGACUGAUCUUCAGGUAGUCGAGAAGGCUCAGCAAGAAGCAGCCAACCGAGGCGGAACCACAACCAUUCGCUUCCUGCACGUGGCUAUCCUCGGAGCAGCCCGCGUCGGGAAGACUAGCCUGCUGAAUGCACUCAUGGAUAAGGAUCACAACGAAGACGAACUCAGCACACCAGGCAUGCGCACGUCGUAUGCUACCACCGAGGUCUCCCGAGAGCGACGGUUUGUGGAAUGCGACGACAUAUCGCAAGCCAUGAAUCAGCUCUACAUCACCACUAUGCUGCGCACGUUUCCUGUUGUGGCAGACCGCAACAAGGAGGAUGAGAGGCAAGUAGAAACGAGUGCAGCAAAGGCCAACACGGAUGUGCCCGAAGCUGCUGAGGUUGUGGAUGAAAAAGAUGGAGCACCUGAUGUCAGUCAGCCGAAGCCUGUCGAGCAGCCGUCUGACAAGCAACUAUUUCGCAAUGCAAUCCACGAGACGGUCGCCGACUUUCUCAAGCGUAACAUGGGUUUCAUUCAUGAGCAAGCAAACAGGCCUGACUACACUGUCGUCACCUUCCGUGACCUUGGCGGGCAGCAGGUCUACCAGUCCGUGCAGCCUCUCUUCAUGUCGAAGAACACCACGUUCAUUGCUGCGUACAACUCAUCUCACCCUCUCCUGGAGAGGCUGCCUAAGAUGGAGGAGACCCGAGUUGGCAAGAAGGAGUACGUCGAGCGAACCACUCUACCCUCAGAUGCAACUCGACUGGACCAGCUACUGUCCUGGCUUGACAUGCUUCUGCUCCAUGCUAAAGCCGACACUGAAGAAAGUACUACGGAUGAUGUGCUCAUGGUUGGCUGCCAGAGUGACGAGUGGCUGAAGACCAAUCUGAAAGAUCCACGCAAGCUACUCCAGCAGAAGAUCAAGAACUCGCCCUACGAGUCCUUGGUGUGGAACGACGAGUCACACUUUAUCAUCGAUAGCACCAGGUUCACCGCAGGUGAGGGUACUCAUCCCGCCGAGCUGCAGCGCCUAAGGGAUACCAUCAUCGACCGCUGUGCAGAGAGCGAACGUGCUAUCCCACUCCCAUGGCUGCGCUUCUGUAUUGCCAUCCACAUGCUGAAGAAGGCGGUUCCGAUGCCGUGGGUUUCCUACGAGGAAGCCAUGUUUGUGGCCAAGUCAAUUGAUGCCAUUGACCUCAACGGUGAUGUUGAGUGGCAGAUGAAGCGUCUACUGCAGUACUGCCACGAAGCCGGCCACCUGGCGUACUUCCCUACGUUCACGCUGGAAGGCACCGUCAUCCUCGAUCCACAGUUUGUUUUGGACUGUGUUAGUGGCCUUGUGUACCCGGUGUUUGAUAAGUCAAUCCAGCCUGUUGACCGACGCCGAUGCCGCGAAGGUUUCAUGACGGACUCACAAGCCCGCGUUGUGCUCGACCAGAAGUUUCGUCAGGAGCCAGAAUCGCGGAGUUCCAUGAUGUGGUGCGCAGUAAAAUGUAGCCGCGACGAAUUCCGUCUCAUCUUUGAGAUCCUGGAAGAGCUCUCAGUACUGGCCAUUGUUGACCGGAGCAGCUCCGCAACCAGUGCCAAGAGCGAGUUCAUAGUGCCAGCGAUCAUCAAGGAUUAUCCUAAGCAGGCAAGGGAUCUCGAAUGCACGUCACAAUGCGCUUAUGUCUGCCUACAGCGCACUGGUGACGUUGCCGUUCAGGAUAAGUUCAUGCACUUUCCUGUCUUCCUGUACUGGCAGUGUGUGGUCGAAGCGCUGCUGAGAUCCCCCAAUCGAGCGGCCAGCACACUGUCGCUGUGCAGCGUGCGUCUGUACUGGAACCGGAACGACUGGCCGUGGCUACACAUCUGCUACACACGGAGUGGCCUGCAGCUGUACCUGGAGGGUAAACCACGCAGUGCCAAUGACACCAGCGGGAAGACAACGCUGGAUGCCGUCAAAGAGAUCGUCACCGCUGUGCUAGACAAGUGGAAGCUGGUCGCGCAGCCAGUCAGCUCUCUCCCGUGUCCUUGUGGAAAACAGCUUCCCGACAGCAACUGCUUGCCACAUGGCCUGCCAAACUGCACAAUACCAAGCUGUGCACACGCGCUGCUGAACGUGGUUGAUGGCGAGUUUCCCAUGUGUCCUCUGGAUAGGACGAUGGUUGAAAUUCGAGAUCAGGCCAUGUUCUGGCUGGGUCUAGAUCAGAUCGAGAAAAAGCUGUGGGCAGCGAAAGGACAAAGCACCGCAGCAUCGCAGGAGUGGGUGAACUUCAAGGCCCUCAGCAACCUUGACCGAAGGAGUAGGCAGAAUCGCAUCCGUGAUGUUGUGGCCGUGUCCUCCAAACCUGUGCAUGACAUUGGAUUUUACCUUUUGGCAGCACAGUUCCCGGACUGUCCGGAAGGCCCGAAGGCGGCGAUCGUGAACAAGGCUCAUCCGAAUUCAAGCCCAUUUAGCUUGUUCGAUGCUGUGGCUCAGCUAUGGAGCGACCUUUGCGAAGCAAUGGGCGGCGAAGACAUGUAUAAGGCUGUGAAGAGUGUGAUUGGGGCUGGGAAGGCGGUGGACAUCAAGAGAUUCUGCCUUGUCUCCAGGCCACUUCCGUCAACUGAGAGUGAUUCCGCCUAUUACAAACAGAAAGUCCUAGCGUCUUCGUCUCAGAUAUUUCGGAGGCGCCUGGUGAAAUUCCUGCGGGCACUACGACCCGAGAAGCAAACGCUAGCUUGCCCAGAAGGGACUCGAGGUCGUGCUGAGUGA